UACAGCGGACAGCUAAUCAUUGAUUGGCUCACGGUAUCCAUGGCAGCGCCGUCACGGAAAUGGAGGAACGAACAACAAUGUGAUUGUGCAUUGGCCAAAUACAACAGUAACUUGGAACAUUAGCGAUAAGAAGUGUUUUCCCAUCACAGAAGCAGAUAUUGAUUCCCAACAUAAAACAGUUUGUAAAUAUGUUGAAUAACCAGAAAAUCGUGCUAUAUGAAAAAUAAUCGCCUAGCUCAAUGCUAACUGUAACGCCUAGAGAGAAAACAUGUUGUAGAGAGUGUUAGUGUUGAAAUCUUUUAAUCUUGUACUUCUGAGAUGAAGCGUGAGACAUUUUAAACAUGUUCACGGAUGAAACUCUUGCUUUAAUUGGCGCUGAAUCUACAUGGAGAAAGUCACACCAGCAAACGCAAGAAUCGAGAAGCUGUCAAACUCUUCCAGUUCACACAAGCCAAAGAUGUGUUAGACAGCAGCACCCAGACAGAAGACCAGAUCAGUCAAACACUCCCCCAAGAACAAAACAUCUCUCAGUUUCCUGGUGUCUGCACUUCUUGAAUAGAGCUGAAGACGUAGUUACCAAAGAACUGGUGAAAAGCUCCAAGAAUCAUGCUUUUGAUGGGUUUGAGGUUAACUGUGAGGAUCAGAAUCGGAGUCGGUGUCCUAUAUGUGCCGUCUUUAGCGUGUUGAUGCUCUGGAAAGGGGCCUUCAAGUCAGCAGUGUGUCCUGGAACUGCACCGGUUCGGUCAUAGGCUAUGGAUUCGGCCGGUAACAGCCCUUUCCCCAUACAGAGACUUUAAACCACCUGCUGUCGUAAUGUUAAUGCUGUUUUAGGGGUAAGUGUGGUUGAUGGUGAUUGGAGCGAUGAGAAGGCUUAUGUGAGCAUGUGGAACCUGAACCAUAUAUAUAUAUAUAAAAAUAAAAAAAUAUUUAAAAA